UUUUCUGUUAAAUUAAGGUAUUCAAGAUGUUGUCUUAGUCAGUGACAAGGAGUUAUCUGCCCCUGUUGCUCCGGUUGAUGAAGAACUGGGUAGAUUGGCUCAAGAUGGUGUCAACGAAACCAUCAGGCAAUUACGCCACCUGAUACCUACUACCCGCUGGACCAGUCAUUACCAAGGGAGGUAAUUGUUGAGAGCAAACUGAGCAGUCUCCAACCUGAGGGAGUUUUACAGGCUGUAAGUCAUGGUGUAAUUUAAAGACUGAAUUGAUGAGAAAAGAAUCAGGGAUGAUUUUUGGUUAAAUCCUGGAAGUAAUCAAAACAUAAAUCGAGUAAAGCUGUGUCAGAGGCAUGAAAUGAUACUGCCUAAUGGUCAGAGAGCUGGAUUUUUCAUUGGGGAUGCUGCUGGUGUAGGCAAAGGCAGGCAGAUUGCCGGCAUAAUUCUUGGUAACUUCGCUCGAGGAAGAACAGUAUUUGGUUCACAAUAUCAGCUGACCUUAUUGUUGAUACUAGAAGACUUGUAGAGUUAAACAUUGACAGAGGUAUGAGCUGGGACCAAGCUGUAGCAAGGGCAGACAACCACAGCCAGAAACAAGAUGGGUUUUAUAUCUCAAAGAGAGAUGUAUGGGGAAAGAAACUAUUUAUUCUAGCAACACAGAAGGAGAAUUCAUCUCACCUCUUCAGAAUUGCUAGACCUAACACUGGGUUAUCAUACUUUGAAGAGGAGAAAACAGAUUUGAUGCAGAGAUACUCUAGAAUAGAUCAAGCUGAUGCAGAGAAAGGCUGGAAAGAACAGUAUGAAAUAACAAAGACAAGUAGUGUGCAUGGUUCUCAUUGUAAGAAUAGAGAAAUCUGUAAAGUUGGAAGCCGAUGUUACAGUCUACAUCUGCUGUGUGGAAGUAUUGUAACUUUUAUGAAUAUUCUUGAAACUACCCUGAAUAGGAAUGCUACAAAGUUAAAUCUCAGUAAAUCUGAAUCAUCACUAAGAGUUGUACGUGUGAAGUUGAACGAUGGUGAACGUGUUGUAGGAAUACGAUUCCCACAGCUCCUCAUUCCAGAGGUGGAGACAGCAUUAAAGGAACAGAGAUUUAUUGAGAAAGUUCAGCAAUCUCAACCACAAAUGUCCCAGUACUUAUCUUCAAGUCAAGGAGCUUAUAAUGGACUCUCCCAAACAUUCCUGAUGUCACAGAUUAUGAAUGGACAAUCUCCCAAUGCAAGUGGACUCUUCCAAGGAAGACAGUUAUCUCAGCAACUAAAUAGUACCCCUUCAUCACAAAAUGGACUAUCACAGUCUUCAGGAGUGACUCAGUUACUCAAUAAAAUCUGGAAAGUAGAUCCCUAGGAAGCACCGAGAACAAUGCAAACAGUGAAAAUUGCAGACUCGGUUUGAUUGAGUCUGUUCAUGAGCAGUAAUGGAAAAUGCAACACUGCCCACGCCCCCUAGCACUGGCUUAAGCAGUAUUCAAACCCUUCUGAAAAUUUGAACCAAUCAACUUCUUCAGAACAAACUACUGUGCAAAAUGGAUCAAACUCAGAUACUCUGAAGACCGUAGUGCAGGAAGUUGCACCAGUUAAGUCUAAAUUUUUAACAAAAGCUCUGACACCUCCAGUAACUAUAAAAAACUUUUUCAAGCCAUCUGUUAAGUCCAAAGACCUAGUUGACCAAAAGUCUGCUAAUAAUGAAGUGGAGUCACAAAAAGGGACUUCAGGUGAAAGAAAGAAAUGUAAAGAGGUUAGUUAUGAAGCAUUUCGAGGGCUGAGCGCGAAACUAUUGUAUCUUGUUCUUUAUCUAUAUACAGUUACAAUAGUUUCGCGCUCAGCCCACGAUUUCUGAAAAGUUCAGAAUCAGGAGAAGGGAGUGGUACUUGUGAUCAGAAGGACAAGAUUGAUGAAAAACAAGUUGAUGAAAAAGACAUUGCUGACAAAGGUUCUGUUACAUUAAUAGACUUUGAAGACAGUAGUUCAAGUACAAGCUCCAAGUCUGAUUCAAGUGAUAAAGUUUCUCCAUACUUUAACAAUAUUUCUUCAAAGAAAAGACGUUUAGAUGAUAAAACAAGUUCUCAGCCUAACAAAAGGCCAAAACAGGCCACACUGUUUUCAGCAUUGAAGAAAAUGGCGACAAAAAAGGAAGAGGAAGAAAAUAAAUUAGCAACUUGCCCCAUCUGUAACAAAGUAUUUGAAAAGGGUAUUUCAAAUAUGGAUUUGAAUUCACACAUAGAUAACUGUAUUAUAGAAUAAUUUGGAUUUUGAGUUAGUAGACAAAAGUGCAAUGCAGUGUUAGACUGAUCUGUAGCAGAGUCAUUGAGAAAUGUGUUUCAAAUGUGAAUCUGAGUUUGUGUAUAGAGAACUGUAUUAUAGAAUAAUUAGACUGUGAUACAGGUUGUAAUGUUAACUUUACUUCUGUAGAACUAAGAUGAUCAAAGAUAUUGCAGAAAAAUAGAACAGUAAUACAGAUAUUGGUGCUUUGUACUUUUUGGUAUGCUGGUAUACACAAGCUUUCUGUGGAGUUGCAGUUCAAAAAAAUGUUUAUUAGUACAUGUACAAAAAAAAAAAAUCAAAAAGUACAACAAAAUACAGCUUUUUAAACACCUACAUGAUAUUCUUGUUCCUGUUGUUUUUUAUCACAAGUUUUACACAAUAAUACACUUUCUUCCUAUUUUAUUUGACACAUCUUGCACAAAAUACAGGGACCUCUUUGGCCAAGUGGUUAGGGUCACAGCCUUUUUAUCACUUGUCCCUCACUGCUGUAUGUUUGAAACCUUGCUUGAGGUGAAGAAGUCUUUCAGGUUAGGAAGCAAUCCAGCAUGAUUUAGGAAGGUUUUACCCUGGUGCCAGACAGGAUGCUCAGAGAGGAUCGAAAUCUGAAAAGUCACCAUCUUAAUUAUAAUUGUGUUGAUGUGAUGUUUAACCCAGCAAAACAAAGUACACCUUUUUCCUAUUCUGUAUAACAUAGUUUUACACAGAAUACACCCUGUCCCCAUUCUAAUGUUUCUGGUUAUAUUUAGUGUUAAAUACUGCAUGCAAGUAUCUACAUGUACUUGAAG